CAUUUCGAGGCUCCCCGAGGUUCGGCCCUUACGUCAACGCUCCUGGAGACCAACGAUCAUGGCGUCAACACGCAGUUUUGCACGUACAGAAGCGGCGUUCGUCACCGUGGCGUGGAUCCUCGUCGGCUCCUUGUCGGCGGCUUCGGGGCAAGAUACACAUCAAUGCCAACCGAGCUCCGUGAAGGAGUGCUACCUGAACUAUGGAAACGCACUGUCGUGGGAUGAAUUUAGGCUUAACCAGGAGGGCAACUAUGACGAAGACGAAUACAAGAGAGGUUGCAGCCGCAUCACAGAAAAGCUACCGUGCCACGCAGACCUUACAAAGUGCCCUGAAGCAAUAAAGGGUGACUACAGGAUCCAGGAGAGAGGCUACGAGGCAAUGCGCAACAUUGUCUGCGAUAAUACUCUCAGAGAAUUUCACAAAGCCUUCCAGUGUAGGGACCAGGAGAAGCUGGAAGCCUGCGGGAGAACGAUGGGAACGGCAUCCGAUCCACAGGAUGCUGGCACACCGUCCCCCGUGGAAGAGUACUGCCGCCUACAACGCAUCGCGGAAGCCUGCUUCGAGCAGGCAUUCAACUCAUCGUGCCUGCUGGCGACGAAGACGGCCAAGGCUACGAUUACGAGGGUUAUAGGCGCCCUAGCCCUUCUCGGUGACUGCGCUUCUUCUGCACAUGCAGUUGUGGCUUCUAGAGGAUUUCUUGUGCUCCUGGUUGCCCCCGUCCUUCUGAGUUUAUCGAGAACUUGACCAGAGUACUGAAAAACAGAAAUACAGCUAACUCCAAUGUGGCCUCACCGCAGCCUUUCAAAUGCCGAGCACAUUUUACCGUCUCUACAGGGAGCUCGAAGCCGUGCUUUGGUGAAGGAAGCUUAGGGUAAAAUUGACAAUUUGCGAUGUCGUUUCACCCCUUGGCUGCAUCCAUUUGUAUCAAGUGACUGUGGCCAGGAUAUCAUCGUACAUCACCUAGUUUGUCAAUAAAAAUGCGCAGAGAAGCGCUGCUCUAUCACACCUACGUCUCGUCACAUUUUACCUGCCUGCAGCCUUUUUCUCAUUCUGGCGCUGCGUGAUUACUUGGUGUAUUUAAGCGACCCAUUUUACUAACUUAAGAGGCUAACUAAUAUAAUCAGGAAUUCCUUGUUCCUAUAGGAGACAAAGCAGUAAAAAGACAAUCGAAUAUAUAUGAACUUAGUGCAUAAUUUCGCGCAUUCCAUCUACAGAAACAACCUCACCAAUAACGUCGUGCUAUUAAAACAUAAAUAAA